CCUCCCCCUCCAUCACCACCAGCAGCUCUUCUCUUCCACACUUCUCCUCUUUCCUCCAUCCCUCACUCCUUACACUGCCUGUCAGAAUUCCCACAUAUCCCUAGAGGAUAAGAUGCCAUGGAGGCCACAGGAAGAACUGUGCUGUAUGUCUGCUCUGUUCUGCUCAUCUUAACAGAGGUUAGCUGUCAAUUGAUUCACAUUGAUCCAUUGGUCAGUCAUGUCAUUGAAGGGGAGUCCUUACUCCUGUCCGUGGAGACCCACUUCCCACUGGACAAAGCAGACAUUCAGGGAACCUGGUCAUACACCAUGAUAAGCGGCACCAAGAGCAGGAUGUUGGUGACAUUUACCAAAGAAAAUGUAAUUACUGAUAUGACAUACGGUGACCACCUCGUCUUUAGAGAAUCAAAUCUUUCUUUGGAAAUCAAGAACUUAAAAAGAGACGAUGAAGGAGAUUAUCACUUAAGCCUCAACAUAAAGCUUCAUAACCAAACAGGAUCCAUUAUCAAGGAGGAGAAAACAGUUCUUGUAACGGUAGAUGUCCCCGUGUCCAAUCCAGUCAUUGAGAAGAGCCCUUCCUAUGCAGUCAUUGAGGACAAGGCAAACGUAACCUGGACUUGUUCUGUUGAGAAAGGAACAAGAGUUAAAUUCAAGUGGUUCAGGGAUAAUGUUGCACUGGGUGCUAGUGACAGAUACCACUUCUCUCAAGAUAGCGCUACACUGUUAAUCAGCCCUGUGAGAAAAGAGGACAAGGGAAGUUAUCACUGUGUGGCCAGCAACCCAGUCACCGCGGGCCAACACAGCAGGGCCGUGGAACUCAUCGUCUACUAUGGCCCUUACAACCUUGAGGUGAACUCUGGCCAGGGCCUGCGCACAGGGGAGGUGUUCACCAUCAACCCUGGGGAGCCGGUCUUCUUUGAAUGCCAGGCUGACUCCAACCCACCAAACAGCUAUGUGUGGAUCUCCAAGAGCAGCAAUGGAACCGACAUAAUUGCUGAGGGCCCACUGCUGGAAGUGCGCUCCUACAAACUGGCCCAGGCUGAAGAGUACCUGUGCCGCGCCUUCAACAAUGUGACACAGAAACAGGACGAGGCCCAGUUUACAUUGGUUGUGGCCAGCUUGGGAACAGGGAAAGAGAAGCACACCCAAGAGGGAAGCUCUGUAUCUCCGCUGGCAAUUACUGUCUGCUCUUUAUUUGCUAUUGGCUUUAUGGUGCUGUUCUUCCUCAGGAGAACCUGUCAUCCAAAGAGAGUGCUUAUGAGCAUUUACAACAAACCGUUUUCAGAGCAGAAACGACCACAUCGUUCAGGUCACGAGGAUGCAAAAGAGGACUUUGGUAUCUACGAGUUUGUCUCCAUACCUGGGAAAAUGGAAUCUGCACAGGCAUCAUGCAGAUCUUUGGCUCGCCUCGAAUCGAUUCAAGAUAUGCAUACCACCAUCUACGAUGUGAUCAGACACGUUCCCGAAACCCCAAGUCACAGUUUGCUGAAGUAACUUCUGGCUGGAGAGUGGAGAUGAAACUUAGAAUGGUUUAACUUGAAGACUUCCUUGUAGCUUUAUUCUAUUAAGGCUCUGUUAUCAAAGCCUGAAGCACUGGUUUUGGUGGCCCAGUUUUUUGCACAAGGGAUGAAGGAGACUUGUGAGAUUACACAACCUGAUAGUGCACUGCUGUUGAUGAGAAUUUUGGAUGGAUGUUGCUGACAUUAGUGUGAAAUGAAAAUGUAUGUACAGCUUAAUUUUUUUUUUUUUCUGUGAAAGCAAAACUAAAGUUAAAACCAUUUUUUUCUGUUUUAAGGUGAAGAAUAUAUAAAACCAAGCGAGUUAGAAGUAUUCAGUUUUACCUUAUUUUAAAGAUCCUGUAAUGAUUCCAAGGUGCCGAAAUUCCCACAUCUUCAUUGUUAUUUAAAAUAUAGAUUUAAAAAAAAAACAAAAAAAACAUGGAUAAUAUCAUUUUAAUUUAACAUUCCCUGCUGAGAAAGUAUAUUUUGUGAGAAGUGUUAUAAUUAAAGCAGUUCAUUGUACGAAAUAUAUAUUCAGGUUAACUGUGAAUAUUGUACAUGGAUUAUUCUGCAGAUUCUUUAUACAUAUUGUUUUAUUUCUACAUUUUACUUGAAUCUAUUUAUUCCUAUCAAUGCUUUUAACCCUGCUUCCCCAAAAUGUAGCAUUUUCUUUCUUCUCAUAAUGGAUGCAAUGAAAUGCUCAAAAAAGGAAAAU